AUGGCAGCCAACGUUCCUCCUUCCGCUGAGACCCUUCUCAGCGGCGCCGCAGCCCACAAAACCGCUGAAGAGAUCGCCAACCAGUAUGACCUGCUACCCAAGCUCAUUCCCUAUCUCGACCGCCACCUCGUCUUCCCUCUGCUCGAAUUCAGCUCCGGCCAAGAUGACGACUCCGAAAUUGUUCGCGCGAAAUAUGAGCUCUUGAAGCACACCAACAUGACCGACUAUGUGGCCAAUCUGUGGCAGGAAAUCAACAACUCCGAUUCGGUGCCCGAGGAAUUUGUGAAGAAGAGAGAGGAGGUCCUUGCCAAGCUGCAACAUUACCAGGAUGAGAGCGAGAAGAUCACCGAAUUACUGCAGGAUGAGAGUGUGGUGGGCAACCUGCGAAGCGAUAAGGUUGCUAACUUGAAGUUCCUCGAGGAACAACACGGAGUUACGAUCGGGAUGGUCAACAGUCUUUUCGAUUACGGUCGAUUCCAGUACAGCUGCGGUAGCUACGGAAAUUCUGCUGAACUUCUGUACCAAUUCCGUGUUCUCUCCACCGAUAACGACAAGGUCGCCUCGGCCACAUGGGGUAAGCUGGCUUGUGAAAUUCUCACCACCAACUGGGAGGGUGCCAUGGAGGAAGUCCAGAAGGCCAAGGAUUCGAUCGAGACAAGGCUUUUCAACAACCCCGUUGGCCAGCUUCACAACCGCUCCUGGUUGAUCCACUGGUCUCUCUUCCCCUACUUCAACCACGACCCCGCCCGCGAUGUCCUCACCGAUCUUUUCUUCUCCCCCGCCUACAUCAACACCAUUCAGACCAGCUGCCCAUGGGUUCUCCGAUACCUAGCUGCGGCUGUUAUCACGAACCGGAAUCGUGCGCACAAGAACAACAGCGUAUACCAGAGGCAAUUGAAGGACCUUGUUCGCGUUGUUCGCCAGGAGGGAUACGAAUACACAGACCCUAUUACCGACUUCGUCAAAGCGCUCUACGUUGAUUUCGACUUCGAGGAGGCCCAAAAGAAGCUCGGCGAGGCCGAGGAUGUGCUACGGAGCGACUUCUUCCUCGUUUCUGCCGCUGAUGCAUUUGUCGAGGCUGCCCGACACCUGAUCUCCGAGAGCUACUGCAAAAUCCACCAGCGGAUUGAUAUCAAGGAUCUGUCCACCCGCCUCGGCCUCAACCAGGACGAGGGUGAGAAGUGGAUUGUCAACCUGAUCCGUGAUACCCGUGUCGACGCCAAAAUUGACUACCAGGAGGGCACAGUGAUCAUGAACCACCCCCCUCAAUCUGUAUACCAGCAAGUCAUUGAGAGGACAAAGGGUGCCUUCUUCCGGACGCAGGUCCUCAGCGCCGCCGUCGCGAAAUAA